AUGGCCGUGGUCUUUCAGAAAACGAUGCAUUUUGUAGAUCUAAGCAGCAAAGUAGACAGCGUAAGCUUUGGGGUAAAUCUGGUUUGUCAACCAGGGAUCCUUCGCUUUAUACUUUACUCUUGGAUAUUGUUUCAGAGUUUGCUGAAUGGACUGAUCUGUUACAAACCCGAUGACCCAGUAGAAUUUUUGGAAAGCUGUUUACAGAAAGUGAAAGAAUUGGGAGGAUCAGAGAAAGUGAAAUGGGACACUUUUGUUAGUCAAGAGAAGAGGACACUACCCCCACUUAAUGGAGGGCAAUCCAGAAGAUCGUUUUUUAGAAAUGUGAUGCCUGACAAUCCUAAUUUUCCAUAUCGACGCUAUGAUCGACUCCCUCCCAUCCAUCAGUUCUCCAUAGAAAGUGACACAGACCUCUCUGAAACUGCUGAGUUAAUUGAGGAGUAUGAGGUAUUUGAUCCUACAAGACCUCGACCAAAAAUCAUCCUUGUCAUAGGUGGCCCAGGAAGUGGGAAAGGAACACAAAGUCUGAAAAUAGCAGAACGUUAUGGAUUUGAAUACAUAUCAGUUGGUGAAUUAUUAAGGAAGAAGAUCCAUAACACAAGCAGCAAUAGAAAAUGGAGCCUAAUUGCUAAAAUAAUUACCACUGGAGAACUGGCCCCACAGGAAACAACUAUAACUGAGAUAAAACAGAGAUUAAUGCAGAUCCCUGAUGAAGAAGGUAUUGUUAUUGAUGGAUUUCCAAGAGAUGUUGCCCAGGCAAUCUCAUUUGAGGACCAGAUUUGCACCCCAGAUCUGGUGGUGUUUUUGGCCUGUUCCAACCAGCGGCUGAAAGAAAGGUUAUUGAAACGUGCUGAACAGCAGGGGAGACCUGAUGAUAACCUCAAAGCCACCCAGAGGCGAUUAACGAAUUUCAAACAGAACGCUGUCCCAUUGGUCAAGUAUUUCCAGGAAAAGGGGCUAAUCAUCACAACCAACGAUUCCCAAAGGGUGUGCACCUCACCAGUGAUGGAAGUGUGCCACAAGAUCCCCCUGUGUGAGGAGUUUGAUGCAGAUAGAGAUGAAGAGGAAGUGUUCUAUGACAUAAGUUUGGCUGUCGACAAUAAGAUAUUUACUCACAAAGAGGCCAUGGCAGGGUCAAAUGAACUCGAUCGCAGUCUGAUUAUGGAUUCUGGAGAUAUGCUUGAUACUGAAUUUGACUUUGAAGAUCAGGCAGACGACCAGUCAAGUUUCUCUGGAUAUGAGAAUACAGGAGGUUUUACAGGAGAUUUGAGGCAAUCGACCAUCAUUUUUGUAAUUGGUGGCCCAGGCUCUGGAAAAGGAACCCAGUGUGAACAGUUAGCACAAAAGUAUGGAUUUGUACAUCUGUCCAUUCGUGAUCUUCUCAAACGAGAAUCAUCCUCAUUAUCAGAGAGGAGCAAAUUGAUCAAAGACAUCCUGGAAUGUGGGGAGCAGGUGCCUGGAGAUAUUAUUUUGGAGCUAAUGAAGGAAGCUAUGAUGACCAGUUUAGGAGAGACAAAAGGAUUUCUGAUUGAUGGCUAUCCCCAAGAGGUGAAACAAGCAGUAGAGUUUGAAGAAAUGGUUGGGGAGCCAAAACUUGUGCUCUGCAUGGACUGCUCCGCUGAGACCAUGAGCAGUCGCCUUUUGACAAAAAGUCAGAGCUGUGAGUGCUUUGAUGAUAAUGCUGAAACUAUCCAGCAGCAAAUUGAAAUAUAUUACCAAGCAACAGAGCCUGUGAUUGCAUAUUAUGAAAAGAAGACACAGUUAUGCAAGAUAAAUGCCGAAGGAACACCAGAGGAGGUUUUUCUUCAAGCCUGCACAGCGGUUGAUCUUCUUCUGAAAAAGGAAGAAGCAGCCUCUUCUUUUUCAGCAGAAAUACAGUAAUGGUGUACAGCAUUUCAUUUCACAUGUGCACUUGACAGUUCUGACUAAAAUGCUGUUCAAAGCAAUACCUGCUGUUAUGAGAGGUAUCUGGAAUUAGUGCAUGUGCUAUUUAAUGUGAUUUCGAAGGCUUUAUUUUAUCCAUAUGUAUACAGUACACUAAAUAUAAAAUGGUAUCUAUGCUAAAACAAUACAAAGUACUGUAUAUUGUUUAUCAACUUGUUUGCACUUCACAGGUUUAAAACAGCAUGGUGAACAGCAGGUCCAGUUUAUAUUCACGCCUUCAUGUAUUUGACUAUAAUCAGAGGUGUUGCAGUUAAUGUUGAGCUCCUUCAACUUAACCAAGUCAGUUGCCACAUGAAACUGGAGGGUUGUUACAUAACAAUACUCAUCCCUUUUUCCCCCUUAAUUAAUUAGUGCUUUUCAUUUCUGUGCUAACACUUAGCUUGUUCUUAAUUCAUAGUUGUUGAAUUUAUUCCUUGCCAUUUUGCUUAAUGCCGGAACAUACCUGUAAUUUGUCAAAAUAAUUUAUAGAGCUAUGAAACUGAACACACUUUUGACACUUCCCAAAAAUACUGUAAAUGCAGUGAGCAAAAAACAAACUGAAUGUGAAGAAAUUAGCUAAUACUGUACAGGUCUGUCCAUCCGUUGCCAUGGAGCAGACAUAAUAACUAAAAAAAGCUUUGCCUUGCUGUUAGUUUUCAGCACAUUGUAACAAUGAUUUUCUAAUUAUAUGCGUGUGGCAGUGGAGGGGGGCAGUAAAUACAGUGACUGAAAAUACUGGUGCAAUUCAAAGUGCAAGCAGAUGAUUUCCAUGCUAAUAACGGUAGUUUUCAUUGUGAAAAAUUAGAUAUUGAUUAAUAGCCAGAAUGUACGAAAGUUAAGCAAUUAAAUCAUUAAAUCAUACUCUGGAAGUAUUUCAAGCACAAAGUUCAGUUGCAGAUCAUCAUCUGUUGUCUUUUAGCGGCAUUGCCAAAGCUUGAAAGUGAUAGGCCAAAAAUAUAUACAAUAAAAAGAGACAGAGAAAAAACGUCGUGGAUUGUGCAACUCGCAACAUAUCCUAUAUUUAACAACCCACUUUUCCAAAAUAUCUGCACAAAAUUAUGUGAAACCCUAUUUUACAUCCAUUUAGUUAAAAUAUUUUUUAUGCCACAGACAGCCAAAUAAAAGCUUAUUUGACAUUUUUGUGAAGUAAUUGCAUCUUCCUACUAGACCACUGGACUAGUCCACAGUUAGAAGUGAUUGCAUGACUCAUCUUUCUGUCAACAGUUGUACUUUAAAUGAGUAUUUAUGGGACAGAUUUGUAUUUUUGAAGUUACUUUUCUUGUAAUGAAGACAUAAUACAAAAUAAAAUGAAUGGACAAACAUAAAGAGAAGUAUUUUGUUGCAGUGCAUAUAAGUUUAGUUUAGCUGAAAGUACAAUAAAACAUAUUGCUGUAAAGUAUAAUAAAUCAAAUUAAUAAGUUAAACAAACAUGAUUUUUUUACUCAGAGAAGGUUCUCCUGUUUUCGUUUUACUUCUACUACAGUGAAUGGUUCAAAUAUUUACUAAAGACAGCUUUAGACUUGCUCUCGUCUUUUAAUUGUGGAUGCCCUUGCUUUCUUGAUUUUUUUUUUUGUGGGUUUUGUUUUUUGUUUGUUUUUUAUACACAAAUUAACCUUUACUGCUGACACCAAGCAAAAUGCUAGACAGACAGACAUCAUACUCUGCUAGUUAGUUCAAUGUCUAACAAACCACUUUUUGAAAAAAGAAAGUUAUAUUCAGAAUGCAACCAAUCUCCAUCCAUUCAAAGAUCCUUUCAGCUUGCACCAGUGCCAAUUCUCUUAUGCUAUUUCUCCAUUAAUUAAAAUAGUCUGAAAUAAUCAUGAGGAUACGAAUUAUUCUGAGCAGAACCACAUCUAGAUAUUUCCAGUAAUUUUAUGGGCUAUUUCUGAUUAGAAUGAUCAUUCAAAUUUAUGGAAUGGAUUGUUUCCAUUUCCAAAGAAGAGUGGCAAAAGUCAAUUGUCAAUUUUUAAUUCUAGAAGUCAAUUACAAUUUUAGUUAGUCCCCUUCAAGCUUAUUAAUGUAACAAAAACUACAUACACAUGUGAUAUAAUUUUUUUCAUUCAAGAAUUAUGAUCAAUUGGAACAUGUUAAAAGCUCAUCAGAAAACAAGGAUACCACCACAGAUUUUGUCUCUGGUAUUCACUGCUCCAAAAAGCUGCUUCUUUACCAAGGGAGCGACUUCUGGAGAACGGUGAUCUCUUCUGUGCUUUUACAGAAGAGUGUCUGUCUCACAACAAAUCUAUUUUGUUUGUCAUUAAAAAGUGAAAUACAUCUGGUGAAUUUUUAUAUUAUAUUUCUUUAGGUUUAUUAAAUUUCUCAAAGUAUAUGAGAUGCUUACAGAUGAUGUAUUACAUCACUCAGUGUUUUAGUAACUGUGCUAUAUUAUCUACUAAUAUAUUAAGUGCUUAAACUUUUUCUCUGAAACAAAAAAUGGUUACACCUAGAUAAAUUAUGAAAAGUAACACUGUAAUCAAGCUACAAGUAAAAUUAUUAUCAAAUGCAACCCACCAAUUAACGUUCUUAUUGCCAUACUUUUCAGCUAAUGUGUUCCUUCUGUAUUCUAACUGCUCUGGAAUUCAAGUCUGUGUGCGAGUGGAAAUCUAUUACAGUUAAAAAAUGAUCACUGUUUCUGAAUCACAAGCUAUACAUUUCAUUAAAAAAGAUAUAUUAGCUAAAAGUAUAUCACAAUAAUUACAAAGCUCCUCAGACAUCAGUACAUCCUUAGACUAAUACAGUUCACUGAAGUUGCUAAAAUGUCUUCCUUUAAUCAGGAGUGAACACAGGGGGAUGACAGUAUGGUAUAACAUACAAGAAACUGAGGACCUAAUCCUACAAGAGGCUGAGCACAGUCUAUUAGGAGCAAAGUACCUUCAACUCCUAUUGAAUUAAAAGUAGUUGAGGGC